AAACAAAGAAAAAGAAAAAAAACUUAAAACUACAUAAAAAAGGGAUAUUUUAUUAUUUUCUCUCUCCCUUCUGAAUUUUCAAACGAUAAAUAAGAUUCCACAUCAUUUGAAUUUAAAACUCAAAUAUAAUUCCCAACUAAUAAAGUUCCUUUUUUUUUUGAAUUGGAAAAAAAUUUGAUCUUGAAACCUAAAAAAUUUGGCCCCAGGGUUGAAUUUGAUUCCGGAAAAGAUGAGUUCUCAAGUAGUACCACCGCCAGCUCCGAGAAGAAAUAGUUCGACGCAUAAACGGCAACCGGGGCCGAAAAAAUCGGCACCACCUGCUGAAAAUGGAACCAUUAAUUCAUCUUCAAAGCCUACUUCACCGUCGUCAUCGGUGGUGGGAGGAGAGAGAACGGUGAAGAAAUUAAGGUUGUCUAAGGCACUGACGAUUCCCGAGGGAUCGUCGGUGUCGGAUGCUUGUCGAAGGAUGGCGGCUCGUCGUGUUGAUGCUGUUUUAUUGACUGAUUCUAAUGCUUUGUUAUCUGGGAUUGUUACUGACAAGGAUAUUGCUACUAGGGUAAUUGCAGAGGAGUUGCGGCCGGAGCAAACUCCACUAUCGAAAGUUAUGACAAGGAAUCCAAUAUUUGUAACUUCUGAUACAUUAGGGAUUGAUGCUCUUCAAAAGAUGGUUCAAGGAAAAUUUAGGCAUCUUCCUGUUGUAGAAAAUGGUGAAGUAAUUGCUUUGUUGGAUAUCACAAAGUGUUUAUAUGAUGCCAUAUCAAGAAUGGAGAAAGCCGCGGAGCAGGGUAGUGCUAUUGCUGCUGCAGUUGAGGGAGUUGAGCGUCAGAUGGGAAAUGGUUUUGCUGCGCCUGCUGCGUUUAUAGAGACAUUAAGGGAACGGAUGUUCAAGCCUUCUUUGUCAACUAUCAUCAGUGAAAAUACCAAGGUAGCAACAGUUUCGCCAUCAGAUCCUGUUUAUGUUGCUGCAAAGAGAAUGAGGGACUUCCGUGUUAAUUCAGUCAUUAUAACAAGUGGGAACAAAGUUCUUGGGAUCCUAACGUCAAGGGAUAUACUCAUGCGGGUCGUAGCACAAAACUUAUCAGCUGAACUAACUUUGGUAGAAAAGGUGAUGACACCCAAUCCUGAAUGUGCAAAUGUGGAUUCAACACUCCUUGAAGCAUUGCAUACAAUGCAUGAUGGAAAAUUCCUUCAUCUUCCUGUUUUGGACAGAGAUGGAUCCAUUGUCGCUUGUGUUGAUGUCUUACAGCUGACUCAUGCUACUAUUUCCAUGGUUGAGAGUAACUCUGGAGCGAUGGACGAGAUGGCAACCACAAUGAUGCAAAAAUUCUGGGAUUCAGCCUUGGAGCCACAAGAUGAUUCUGAUUCUCAUAGUGAAAUGUCAGCUGCAUUCAUGAGUUCCGAAGGACCGGAGAUGGGAAAAUAUCCAUCACUUGGUCUUGGAAAUUCGGUUUCCUUCAAGUUUGAAUAUCCCAAAGGUCGUGUUCAUCGAUUUAAUUAUGCGGCCGAGAGUUUGGAUGAGCUUGUAUCUGCUGUUAUGCAAAGAAUUGGAUCUAGUGACGUUAACAACCGUAUGCAAUUACUGUAUGAAGAUGAUGAAGGUGAUAAAAUAUUACUCACAUGUGAUUCUGAUCUCAUUGGUGCGGCGUUUCAAGCUAGAUCUGCUGGACAAAAGGUUUUAAGGUUGUUUUUAGAGUUUCCUGAAGCUACAAAGGAAGCAAUAAAGGAAGCAAUUUCAGAGACUAAUGCAACUGUGCUACAGAAAUCUGGAUGGACAUCAGUUCAAUCAGGGAUUUUGGCUGGCAGCAUGGCUCUGACAGCCAUUGCUGUGCUGAUAUAUUUGAAGCGUGUAAAACACUGACGUAUUGCAAGGAAUCCACAGAUUGGUAGUCCUACUCCUAACAUAAUUAUACGAAAUCUUGUUUUGGCUUCGUUUAGGAAGUUAUAUAUCUUUAACAUGUGUUGUAUGCAUAAAAUUUUGUUCGCCUUCAGAGCGAUGGUGACCUUCAACCCAUAUUUUGUAAAUUGAUAUGCAGUGCAAACAACACACUAAUUUUGCAUGACUGCCCCUGCUUUUGGGUCGCAAAAUAAAGUUUUUUGUAUUAAUUGAAGUCAUUUUAGGCUUCAAAAUGAACAUUAGUCUUGCCUUUUGUCAUCAAAUAUGCCUAAAUCGGCAUUAGGAAUGUAAGUUUAAUGUAUUAAUUGAAGUCAUUUUAGGCUUCAGAAUGAACAUUAGCCUUCCCUUGUGUCAUCAAAUACGCCUAAACCGGCAUUAGAAAUGUAAGUUUAAUGUAUUAAUUGAAGUCAUUUCAGGCUUCAGAAUGAACA